CUCCACUGCGCGGCGGCCGGCCAUGUUGCUUCGCGUUGUUCCGGUAUUCCGCACUUUAUUCACCAGCCUGAACCGCCGCUGCUCUUACUCGCUUGAAGGAAGAAAGCGACUUAAUAAACGGUGCGAAUAAUGGAUUUUUUCUUUUACAACCCGACGACUUUGGACAUUACCCUGAACAGUAGAUAGUUUGCUGCGUACCUCGUAGAUCGUAUUGUUUUAACGAGUAGCGCGUGCACUCGGAUCGGGGCGGACUGUGGAGGAAUCUCGGAGUUUUGGGGGAUUCGCCUGUCUGAAGGCUCGCUUGGCUGGAUGGAUGGAAGGAAGGCUAGCUAACAGCUGCUAGUGCUCGUCUGUAUUAGGUUUAGUUGCUCCGGUAGCGCGGUACAACACUGUAGUCCGUAUCUUACAUUGGGGUUUUAAUCAUCUCCUUAAGCUUUGACGUAGAGUUUUUCAGCCGGUAUCGCUUUCAUUCGAGAUCGCGCUGAUUUGUUUGUAUGUCAUUUUCCAGUAGCGGUUGUCAAGUUAAGGCGAGCUAGCUGGCUAGCUAACAUUACCUGAUCCCACUUCGGCCUGAUUUUUAAACGUUCAUAUACUAGGAAAAUAUUUAUAUACUUUUCCACAUUUCUUUUUUUAUAUAUAUAAUAUAUAUAUAUAGCUUUUGCUUUUUUUCCAGCAUGGGUGCUGUAAUGGUUUUGUCGUGUUGAUAUGCUUGAGGCGUCGUGAAGUUAGACACCCCGAAGUCUGAUUUCAUUCGGUUAUAUCGACGAUAAAUCUAAUUAAUUCUCUUAGUAAAGUUAACGAUAAGGAAACCAGCGUUUUACACACUCGUUUGUCACAUACACGGCGUUUCAGAAACAGUUAUUUACAGUGUAAUUCACGUGAAUAACCUCCUCCACUCUUGACAUGGACACGUACUUGUAAGUAAUGUGGGACUGGACUUGUUGAUCUGUGUCUGCGUGGCUAGCUCUAGCGUUAGCUGCCUCUUUCUUCACAUCCCUGGCCGGGGGGGGAACCACAAUAACAGUUUUAGUCAGGCACGAUUUUUUUUAAUUUUUUAUUAUUAAAUGCGAGAUUAAACCCUUUCUGAAAACUCCUCACAAAUGUCAAGCCGGAAUCAAGGAUUAGGAGUCAUCGAGCAUUCUUCUGGACAGACCCCCGUAGACGCCAAAGCAGGAGGACGAUCAAGCAUGUCGCGAAGCCGCAACCCGACCGCAACAGGGGAUGAUCACCCUCACAUCGGAAACUACCGCCUGCUCAAAACCAUCGGCAAAGGCAACUUUGCAAAAGUUAAACUGGCCAAACAUAUCCUUACAGAAAAAGAGGUGGCAGUGAAAAUCAUAGAUAAGACCCAGCUCAAUUCUUCCAGUCUUCAAAAACUCUUCCGAGAAGUACGAAUCAUGAAGCUUUUGAACCAUCCAAAUAUAGUGAAGUUAUUUGAGGUGAUCGAGACAGAGAAGACACUAUAUUUGGUUAUGGAGUAUGCCAGUGGAGGUGAGGUUUUCGAUUACCUUGUUGCUCAUGGAAGGAUGAAAGAAAAGGAGGCUCGUGCCAAAUUCAGACAGAUUGUUUCUGCUGUGCAGUACUGCCACCAGAAGUGCAUUGUACACAGGGACCUAAAGGCUGAAAACCUUUUGCUAGAUGCAGAUAUGAACAUUAAGAUAGCAGACUUUGGUUUCAGCAACGAGUUUACUGUGGGAAAUAAGCUGGACACGUUCUGCGGCAGUCCCCCGUAUGCUGCUCCUGAGCUCUUUCAAGGCAAGAAAUAUGACGGACCCGAGGUUGAUGUCUGGAGCUUGGGGGUCAUUCUCUACACACUGGUCAGCGGCUCCCUGCCCUUUGACGGACAGAACCUGAAAGAGCUUAGAGAACGUGUAUUGAGGGGGAAGUACAGGAUUCCCUUCUAUAUGUCUACAGACUGUGAGAAUCUACUGAAGAAAUUCCUUAUUCUCAACCCAACCAAAAGAGGCAGUCUAGAGCAAAUCAUGAAGGACCGCUGGAUGAAUGUGGGUCAUGAGGAGGAGGAAUUAAAACCCUACAUAGAGCCCCAGCCUGACUACAAGGACCCCAAGAGAACAAAUAUCAUGCUGCAAAUGGGCUACACACAAGAAGAAAUUCAGGAGUCACUUGUCAAACAAAAAUAUGAUGAUGUUAUGGCAACUUACCUGCUGCUUGAUUAUAGGAACUCUGAGCUUGAUGAGGGUGUCAACAUGUUGAUCAAACCACGACCAGGAAGUGACCUCACAAACAGUAACGCACCUUCUCCACCUCACAAGGUACAACGCAGCGUGUCCUCUACUCAGAAACCUCGAAGGCCUACAGAUCAGGUCACAUACUCUAAAAGGCCUCCAGGGGAUAACAAAUACACAGCUGAGGAUUCAGGGCGGAAAGGGUCCGGUAGCUCGACCAAAGUGCCACCCAGCCCCAUCGUCCCAGGAGACAACAAAAAGAGCUCCACACCCUCCACUAAUAGUAUCCUGUCCACGGGCACAAGCCACAGCAGAAACUCUCCACUCACCGAGAGAGCCUUGCUGGGAGUCCAAAAUGGCAAAGACAGCCUGAACAUACCCGGGUCCCGUGCCUCCACGGCCUCGGCCGGCGCCGUACUCACAUCCUCCUCGUCCUCACGUUCCCGCCAUCACAAGUCCAUGUCCUCCUCAGCCCACCCAUGUCCCGCUGACCUGCACGCACGCCAGCCCAGUGGUCCUCCUCAGAGAGCGCCUGGUGCGUCCCCAUCAGCUUACAACAUCAGCAGCGCUACGGGGCCGGAGCGUACCAACUUUCCACGUGGGGUGCCCGCUCGAAACACCUUCCACAUCGGUCAACAGAGAGGGGCACGGGAUCAACAAGGUUCACCAUAUCACCCUCCUCCAGCCUCACCUUCCCUGUCUCAUGGCACCAGCCAGCAGCGGAGACCACCAACCUCAGGCAUCUUCAGCAAGUUCACCUCCAAGUUUGUGCGCAGAAAUCUAUCAUUCAGGUUCCCCAGAAGGAGCCCGUAUGAGGGAGAGAGUCGAGACGAGGGCAGCAGAUCCAUGCUGAGCAGCGCCGACAAGGCCGAGAAGACCGGAGUAGGAGGCGGGACGCUCGGCUCGGGUGGUGGGGACGAAAACAAGGAUUCUCUCUCCUCCUCGUCACCAAGGGGUGGAACUCCGCCCCCGUCUGGGAAAGACAACACCAAGCCUCGCUCGCUGCGCUUCACCUGGAGUAUGAAGACUACGUCGUCCAUGGAGCCCAGCGAGAUGAUGAAGGAGAUCCGUAAGGUUCUGGACGCUAACAGCUGUGAAUACGAAGUGCGUGAGCGCUACAUGCUCUUCUGCAUGGCCGGCAACCCCUCCCGUGACGACUUCGUCCAGUGGGAGAUGGAGGUGUGCAAGCUGCCCCGCCUGUCCCUGAACGGCGUACGCUUCAAAAGGAUUUCCGGCACUUCCAUCGCCUUCAAGAACAUCGCAUCCAAAAUUGCCAAUGAGCUCAAACUAUGAGGGGGGGGGGAUAGCAAGGGUUAAAUGGGGCGGAUGGAUAGAGACGGAGAUUUAGGGGAAAACGGGACGGUAGGCAGUAACCACUGAAAUAUGUUGUGAGAAACUAAAUGGACGGUUUUGUUGAAAUAAGCUGUACAGAUACUGCACGCUGAAAUACAGUGUGAGGUAUGAGAGUGCUGUAUAUGUUGAUUUUGCUGGGUUCAGGAUCGCUAGCCUUAACUCUCAUUUUUCAGUCGAGAAAGAGGGUGAAAGGAAAGAAACACCAGUUUUACUUUCAUCCACUAGGAGAAGAUCCUGAUUUGGUAAAACUCUCCCGAGUUUCGUGAACUUGUUUGGUCUUCAACUCAUCACUCGCUCGCACACUGGGUAUCCGGACAAGGUUUAUGAUAUCUGCACAUGUUUUCAUUUGUUUUGCUGUGUGGCAUGGGGGUCACCCACAAACCCAUUCUCACCCAACAUUUCUUCCUUUUCGUUCCGUCAAUGGGGGUUACACCUCAUCACCACCCAAUAAAGAGGGCCACCACUUGAAUACCACUCAAGGGAUUGUGUGUUUUUAAUGGUUUGGGUGACUAAUUCUUCAUUGACUAGGUUGUGAUUUGUUGCACUGGAAUGGGUGUAUUUUUGUUGUCUUUUUUCCCCCCCUUUUAUGAAGAGAAAUCAGAUGUAUUUUAAUGUUGUAAAAUGAGUGAUUUAUUGCAUUGUUCUCCUUUUCUUUCUUUCUUUUUUUUUUUUUUUUUAAAUUCCUUGUGGUUUAAAAAUCUGUUCAUGUCUUGCUGUACUGAAUGCCACAGAAACAACAGACUUCAACAAACCUCCUGUUCCCCCUUGGACUAAACAAUCACUGGAAAAGACACUGAGUAAGAGGACUGCAUCACCUGCGUCAGCACCGCUGUCAUUACAAGACUGAUAUCUAAAUGCCUGUUUGGGCUUCAUCUUUUAGCCCACCUUCCAAAUCCAGGAGGCCUACGCCUGAAAGCUGCAGUGGUUUGGUAGCAGAUUAAAUGAGCCCCGACAUCACUUUGAGCAUUACCCUUUUCAUGCUUGUCCCCUACUGUCGUGUGCAUCAGUCUGAAUGAGAGUGAAUCAUCUGUGUAUAACCAAAAGGUUGCUUUGGGCUUUUUUUUUUUUCCUUUUUUUUUGUCUUGACCUUCAUGCAGUGAUUGUAUUAAGUAGCAGCAAGCCCACAGACAACUACACAUCAGGAACAGAUGGUCUGAAUACCACUUGGUUUAAAUGGGUUGUUAUCAGUUUUGAUAUUCUUGCUCAGGCAUUAGUAGAGCCAGCUGAAAAAGGCAGGUGUGUGUGAGAGAAAGGUGUGAGCCAUGUCUUGUCUUUCCUCUGAGCUAUACAUGUUUUGCAUGCAUGGAUACUCACUCAGUUACUAUUGAACCAGUAGAGGGAGCAAUGGAGUCUCUUCCAAGUCUGUGAGUGGUUUGUGGGACACUUGUGCACCUGUUUUAUAUCUAUAUAAAUAUAUAUAUAUAUAUCUAUAUAAAUAAAUAUAUAUAUAUAUAUAUUUUUUUUUUUUUCCAGAAAGUAAUGUCACAUUAUUUACAGUCCUAUGAUCAUUGUCUAAGGUGCUGGGGAUCCAAUUGUCAUUGUUAUCUAUUAAUAUAAUUUUUCUUCAGGGUUGAUUUUUAUUUCAUAUCAUUUUUCAUUGCUGUAAUUUUAAUAUUUUUCUGUCAGAGCUGAUGUAUGUCAGGGAUCGAGAGAACUCCAAAUGUACAUUUGGUGCAGAGAGAGAUGAUUAUGAUCAAUGAUAGUAA